AUGGCCGAGCUUCACGUUAUUGGGGAUCUGAUGUCCGGGGAAAAUUUUGGAAGGAGGAGCUACUUUUGCAUCUUUGAGAUUGUCACCGGGGAGCACUGGAGCGUCGUGGAAGGUCGUACGUCCGGCUGCACUCAUAUCAUGCAGAGUGGUGGGGAGGGCAGUGUUUUGUGGUGUUUCCCAUUAGAUGUCCACUUUACAACGAACAGCAUAGAGGGGUGGCCCAAGAUAUCGCUGCAGGUGUGGUCCAUUGACCAAUAUGGCCGAAAGGAUCUGGAGGGAUACGGUGUCGCCUUUGUGCCACCGCCCAGCAUAGAAGAACAGGAGGUGGUGGUAGGGACAUGGAAGCCAUGUUACUGGAGUCCGAGCUUUUUCACUCGCAUUUACGAGGCGCUUCGACUUGUUGUACUUGGCGGGAAUCCGGUACUGCGUGAUAAGGCGCUUAUACACACCAACGACGAGCGUUUCAAACUGCAGACCAAAAGUGGUGGAACAGUUUGUCUCCAGUUAAAUGUAAUUUCGCGGGGAAUGCAGAGGUUGGGGAUUCGAUACAGUUGA